GCGGGGUUGGCGGCAGCGUCUGUGAGCAAAGAAAAAAAAAAUGACAAGUAGAAGACUCGAGGAGACCAUGGGGGCUGUCCAGAUGGGAUUAGUCAAAAUGCUUAAGGGACCCCAGAGCAAAGUUUUGCCACCCCUCAGUCCAAAACUGGUUACAGAAGAUGAUGUAAACCAAAUGCUGACACCCUCGGAGUUCCUGAAGGAAAUGUCCCUCACCACAGAGCAGAGACUGGCUAAUACGCACUUCAUGUACCGCCCGCGGAUCGUGGAGCUCUUAGAUAUGGGGGAGACAACUUACCAAAAGUUUUCAAGAAUUGACCUGGAUCAGGCUUUAUUCCAGCCCUUUCCAUCGGAAAUUGUAUUUCAGAACUACACUCCCUCUGAAGUCUAUGAGGCUCCACUGGUCUUGAGGAACAACGACAAAAUUCCAAGGAUGGUGAAAGUCGUUGAGGAAAGUUCCCCUUACUUUAAAGUUAUCAGCCCCAAAGACACUAGCCACAAAGUUGCCCCAGGAGUGCCGUCUACCUUCCGCAUCCUCUUCACUCCAGAGGAGAACAAGGAUUAUGCCCACAUGCUGACCUGUGUCACUGAGAGAGAGAAGUUCAUCGUGCCCAUUAAGGCCAAAGGGGCACGAGCCAUCCUGGACUUUCCCGAUACGCUUAACUUCUCCACAUGCCCUGUCAAAUACAACACCCAGAAGAUUCUGCUGGUACAAAACAUCGGCAACAAAGACGCGGUGUUUCACAUGGAAACUCAUAGGCCUUUCUCCGUGGAACCAUCUGUUGCAACUCUUAAUGUGGGAGAGUUCAUGCAAAUAGAAGUGCAGUUUGAUCCCCAGACGGUGGGCAACCACAGCGAGAGACUUAUCGUGUAUUAUGACACAGGAGAAAAAGUGUUUAUAUCUCUAUAUGGAGCUGCUGUAGACAUGAAUAUAAGACUGGAUAAGAACUCCUUGAUCAUUGAGAAAACCUACAUAUCUCUAGCCAGUCAGCGGACUGUAACUAUUCACAACCGCAGUAACAUCAUCGCCCAUUUCCAGUGGAAGAUAUUUGCUACCCAGGAAGAAGAGGACAGAGAAAAGUACAGGAUCUGCAAUGAUCUGACCAAAGAGGAAAAGAAUGAGAAAGAUGAGUUUCUGGAAGAAUGCAUUGACGAUCCUUUACUCCGAGAACGUCUUACCAUUCUCUCCCGUACCUUCGAGAACCAGAGAAGGCUGGUUCAGGCAGACAGCAUGCUCUUCUUGAACAAAACUUUCACUAUUGAGCCCCUGGAAGGUGAUGUCUGGCCUAACUCAUCAGUUGAAAUCACUGUGUACUUUAACCCUCUGGAAGCCAAGCUCUAUCAGCAGACUGUUUACUGCGACAUUUCAGGGCGAGAGAUUCGUCUGCCCCUCCGAAUCAAAGGAGAAGGAAUGGGACCAAAGAUUCACUUCAACUUUGAACUUCUGGACAUUGGAAAAGUUUUUGUUGGGUCUGUACAUUGUUACGAGGCAAUACUCUCCAACAAAGGCAGCAUCGAUGCCCUCUUCAAUGUGAUGCCUCCAGCUUCAGCUUUGGGGUCCUGCUUUAUUUUCAGCCCCAAGGAAGGUAUCAUCGAGCCAAGCGGAGUGCAGGCUGUCCAGAUCUUGUUCAGUUCUACCAUCUUAGGGCACUUUGAGGAAGAGUUCCUGGUCGGCGUCAACGGCUCCCCCGAGCCUGUGAAAUUGACCAUUAGAGGCUGUGUCAUUGGCCCCACCUUCCACUUCAAUGUCCCUGCUCUGCACUUUGGUGAUGUUUCCUUUGGGUUUCCUCAGACUUUGACAUGUUCUCUCAACAACACCUCCUUGGUCCCCAUGACCUUCAAGCUGCGCAUCCCUGGGGAUGGUGCUGGCCAUAAAAGCAUUGCAAGAUGCCAGCAGGAGCCGGAUAACAGACGACUAUCAUGGGACAGUGAUGAGUCCCCCACGGUGAAGCCAAAAGAAUUCACCAUCACUCCCGAGACCGGCACCAUUCGCCCCCAGGGAUUUGUUGCUGUCAGGGUGACCUUAUGCUCCAACACCGUGCAGAAGUACGAGCUGGCCCUGGUGGUCGAUGUGGAGGGCGUUGGAGAGGAGGUGCUGGCGCUCCUCAUUACGGCCAGGUGCAUCGUGCCUGCCCUCCACAUGGUUAACACAGAGGUGGACUUCGGGCGCUGUUUCCUGAAGUAUCCCUACGAGAAGUCCAUCCAGCUCGUCAAUCACGACGACCUCCCAGGAAGCUACGAGGUCCUGCCGCAGGUCCCCAAGGAUUCGCCCGCUGUGUUGCUCUCCAGCCCCAGCCCCUGCGGGGUCAUCCCUCCCCACAGCACGAUCCACAUCCCUCUGGCCCUGGAGACCCAGGUCACAGGGGAGCACAGGUCCACUGUUUACAUCUUGACCUUCGGGAGCCGGGAGCCCCCAAUGGUCUGUCACUUAAAGAGCAUCGGAGAAGGCCCUGUUGUCUAUAUUUAUCCUCCUCACAUUGACUUUGGCAGUAUCUAUGUCCUGAGGGACUCCUCCAGGAUGCUCAACCUGUCCAACCAGUCCCUGAUCCCUGCAUCAUUUCAGGCAUGCAUGGCAAACAAAAAGUCCCUUUGGACUGUUGAGCCCAGUGAAGGCACGGUUCCCCCGGAAACCGAGGUUCAAGUGACACUGACCGCCAACCUGGAUGACAUAGUGACAUUCAAAGACACAGUCGUGUUGGACAUCGAAAACAGCAACACCUACCAGAUUCCGGUCCAGGCUACUGGAUUGGGCUCUACCAUUGUUUCAGAUAAGCCCUUUGCUCCAGAACUGAAUUUGGGAACACGUUUUAGCCAGGACACCUUUUAUUACCACUUCAAGUUGACCAAUAAGGGACGUCGUGUCCAACAGUUGUUCUGGAUGAAUGAAGAUUUCCAACCCCAGGAAAAGCUAAGCUUGAAGGGUCUUGCUAAGAAGGGACUUAGUAAAAGCCAGGGGCCUGGGGCUCUCCAGGGGCCCGGAACUCUGCAGAGCCCCGUGUUUCAGCUCCACCCCGUCAGGAUGGAGCUGUACCCACAGCAGACCUUGGACGUGAUCCUGGAAGGCUACUCUCCUACUUCCACGGUGGUGGAAGAGAAGCUGGUGUGCCACGCCAUCAUCGGAGCACAAAAGGGGAAGAGCUUGGUGAUGACCGUGAAGAUCAUCUGCGAGUUUGUGGAGCCAAUCAUCCAGCUGUCCACCAAGCAGCUCAUAUACCGGCUGGAGAAGAAACCCAACACUGUCCUGGAGCCUGAUUACCAGCCUUUGGUCCUGAAGAAUGUUUCCACCCUGCCCGUGAACAUGCUGCUGUCCACAGGCGGCCCCUUCUUCAUCUGCGAAACUGACAAAUCGCCCCUGCCCUUGACACCCAUACCUACUAGGCUAGAAAUCAAUGAAGAGAAGAACCUGCUAGUCAAAUUUGACCCUUCCUACAGAAACGAUUUUAACAACUGGGUGGCAGAAGAAACUCUAACCAUCAAGUACACGGAGCAUCCUCAGGUGGACAGCGUGAACCUGCGUGGGGAGGUGCAUUACCCCAACCUCAGCUUUGAGACCAUGGAGCUGAAUUUUGGCUGUAUCCUGAACGACACUGAGGUCAUCCGAUACAUUAACAUCAGCAACUGCAGCCCCUUGCUGGUCAAGUUCCGCUGGUUCUUCCUGGUGGACGAUGAGGAAAAUCAGAUCAGGUUUGUGACGUGGCCAGGGAAGUCCGGCAGCGCCACUACGUCCCAGGUGGAUUCCAUCGUGGUAACCUCAGCAUCUGUCACCUCGCCAGCAAUCCCGGUGAUAGAGUCCCCUGAGAUGGAUUUAAGUGAUUUUAGGGCCACGCUUGUGAGCGAAGAGUUUAUAUCUGAAGAAAGGGAACACAAAAUAACUCAGGAGCCCACGGUGAAUGUGUCAGAUCAAAUUACUAUAAACUCUACUGGAACAGAAGGAUCGGUCUCAAGCCAGAGUCGGGAGUUUCAGGAAUCCCUCCAUCUCUUUGAGCAGGAGGACAUGCUUACCAUUGGGAUAGAAGAAGUGUUUGAUAUUCUGCCCCUCUAUGGAGUGCUGCCCCCCCACAGCAGCCACCAGAUCUCUUUCACCUUCUACGGGCACUGUGACAUCGUCGCGCAGGCGAAAGCUCUGUGUGAAGUGGAAGGUGGGCCCACUUAUGAGAUUACACUCAAGGGAGAGGCGUCCUUGGUCAGCUACUCCUUUGACACCAUGGACAUUAACUAUGGACUGCAGCUAUUUGACCGUGUCACAGAGAGUGAAAUCACGUUGAAGAACACCGGCAAAGUAGGCUUUGAGUUCAAGGUUCUGAAUGACCAUCACUCUUCACCUGACAACCUUCUGCCUGGGGUGCCACUCAUCCUGCCUCGCUCGGGGUUUAUCAGUUCACAUAAGGAGCAGGUGUUGAAGGUUUACUACUUACCUGGAGUCCCUGAGGUCUUUCAAAGGAGUUUCCAGAUACAGAUUGCCCACCUGGACCCAGAAAGCAUCACUCUCAAUGGAGAAGGAAUCUUUCCCCGAAUCUGUCUCGAUCUCCCCAGGAACCUAAAAGGAAAUGAAAAGUAUGAAACCUUUUUGAACCAGGCCAGGAAAAACCUAGAAAAAGAGUACAACAAAUAUGAAGUAUUUGACCAAUUUGAGACAGCUGAGGAAGUGCCUGAGGACGAAGCUUCCGAGUUAAGUGCCCAGCUCCAGAUGGAAGUAGAGAGACUUAUAGUUCAAGACUAUGCCACAGAUCCCACGGAGGACUUCAGCCAUCGGAGCCGCCGCAAACUGACCAAAGUCCAUCUGCCGGAGUACAUCCUGGACUUUGGCUACAUCAUCCUCGGUGACAUCCAGACCCACAUCAUCAAGAUCACCAACACCAGUCACUUCCCAGUGUCCUUCCAUGCUGAGAAGCGCAUCCUUCACGACACGGGCUUCAGUACUGAGCUAGAUCGUGUCAAGAAUCUGCCCUACUGUGAAACGGAGACAUUUGAAGUGAGAUUUGACCCACAAGGGGCGGGACUUUCCGUUGGAAACAAAGAAGUCACCCUGCCCAUCAAGGUGGUCGGAGGGCCAACCAUUCACAUCUGUCUCCAAGCCAAGGUGACCGUCCCCACCAUGUCACUGUCCUGUGGGAAGGUAGAUUUUGCCACAGUCCAGUGUGGGCAGUGCCUCGUGGAGACGAUUCAGCUCUCCAACCACCUCCAAGUCCCUUGUGAAUGGUUUGUCCACAACCACCAGCCUGUAAGUAAGCUCGAGAAACACAUGCCAAAGUACUUAAAACGGAAACUGCAUGCUGAAUUAAAGCCAAAGACCCGGAUCUUUGAGAUCCAGCCCUCCUCUGGAAUCUUGGAUCCUGGUGAGAGAUCCAACGUACAAGUGAAAUUCAUGCCCAAAGAGGAGAAAUCCUACAGCCAAACGCUGGUGUUCCAGAUUGCCCAGAGUUCUCAGAAGCUCACUCUGCUGGUGCAGGGGCAGGGCCUGGAGCCGCACUUGGAGUUCAGUCCUUCCAUCCUGGAGCUGGGGCCGCUGCUGCCGCAUGCAGCUGGGGACGAGGGCGAGGUGGUGGUGAAGAACCCCUGCAGCUUCCCCAUCGAGUUCUACUCCUUAGAGUUUGACCAACAAUAUAUCGUAGAAGAGAAGAUCCUGCGGAUGCUCAAGGGCUAUGACUCCUACAACACCCUGCUGCUGCCCCCGCGCCUGCCGGGGGAGAAGCUGCCGCCGGAGCUGUAUGAGCACUUCAAGGAGAUGAAGCGCUGCAAAGAGGAGCAGAUGAAGGCCAAGUACCUGGAGAAUCUGGAAAACGAAGAGGAAGAAUCGCCCUUGUCAGAGCAGGGCACCUCCGCCAGCACGAAGAGGACGUCCAUCAGCCGAGGCAUUUCUGUCACUUCCAACAUAGAAGAGCGGCAUGUCCUGAACACUGACUCCAAAACCUACCCAGAUGAAGAGGAGGAUGAGGAGAGCUUGGAGAAAAUAAUGUUCCAAACUGACAAGUUACAGAGCAUCGAGAGCCAGUCGGUAGAGGAGGUUGGGGAAGUAGAGAAUAACCCCGUGAACAAGGCCAUCGCUCGCUACCUGGGCGUUGACAUUUCUUCAGAAGGCCGCAUGGCCAAGAACCGGAAAGGCAUCGCCAUUAUCAUCCACGGGACCCCCUUGUCAGGAAAGUCUGCCACGGCUGUGAGCGCGGCCAAGUACUACAACGCAGCCUGCUUGAACAUCGACUCCAUCAUGCUGGAGGCCAUCUCCGACAGUAACAACGUGCCAGGGAUCCGAGCCCGGGAGCUCUGCAUCAGGGCUGCCAUCGAGCAGUCCGUAAAGGAAGGAGAUGAGUCUACCCAAGAGGCAGGUUCGGGACAAACUGCUGUGGGACAGCCAGGCCUGAGUGGCGAGACCCUGGGCAAGCUAACCUCGGAGACUACUCUGGUGCUCCCAGAAAUUAAACCUGGAAAAACUCUGCGUGGGAGCAUGGUGCUCCCCAAAGGCAAGACAGAGAUCCACACCUCUGGCUCUCAGAAGCACCACUCACACUCGUCUGACACCCCACAGAUCUCCUGCAGCCCUCUGCCCUCAGGGCCCAUGCAGCGCCGCCUCAGCGUCAGCGCCAGCAUCGGGGGAGAGACAGGACUCAUGAGCUGUGUGCUCCCCGAGGAGCUGUUCACGCAGAUCCUGGCUGAGCGCAUACAGCUGAGCGACUGCUACCGGGGCGUGGUGUUUGACAGCCUGGACACGCUCUUUUCACGGAGCACCACCUCCACCCUCCUCUGCCUGCUGAAGGCCCUUGGCAACCGGGAGCACAUCUACGUUCUCAACAUGGCCCAGGACUACACAGCUAUGAAAGCCCAGGAGAAAGCCAAGAAGGAGCAAGAAGAGAACAGGCAGCAGGAAGCACUUCAGAAAGAGAAAGAGCGUCUCCAAAAUAUGGACGAGGAAGAAUAUGAUGCAUUGACAGAGGAAGAAAAAAUCCUAUUCAAUCGGGAGGUUCAGCGGGCUUUCCAGGAGCGGAAGAAGAGGGAGCUGGAGAGACUGGCCAAGGAAAUGCAUGAGAAGAAGCUGCAGCAGGAGCUUGAGCGGCAAAAGGAAGAAGAUGAGCUAAAACGGAAGGUCAAAAAGCCAAAGCCGGGACCAGUAAAGGAAGAGUCGCCCCCGAAGAAAACUCAAACUACAAACCGGCCGAUUCUUACUUUUUCCAAACUAGAUGCCAAGACGGACACGGUAGACAGGAAAGUAUCUGUUAGGGACCAAGGAAUGACUGACAAGGAUGAACUGACCAAGAAAAGAAAGACCCUCCAGACAGAUAGCAACUUGCUUGGGUUUCCUCUUGUCCAGGAUCAAGAGGACAGUGAAGGGGACCUCUUGAAGGACACUGAGAAGAAUCUGGCCCAGAAGUUUAAGGCCUAUGAGUUGGCUUUGAAGGAUGUCCAGAGCAUCCUUACGUACUGGGACCGGAAGCAAGGGCUGCAGCUGCCGCACGCCGGGGCCGAGGAGGUGGCCCACGAGCAGGAGGACCAGCGCCAGGUCCCCUCCGGGGGGCGCAGAGGCCGCAAGGACCGGGAAAGGGAGCGCGCUGAGAAGGAGCGCGCUGAGAAGGAGCGCCUGGAGCGGGAGAAGGCGGAGAAGGAGCGCCUGGAGAAGCUCCGCCAGGAGGACCGGAGCGAUGUGGGGGAGGCCGAGGGGGAGGAGGACCACGAGGGGAAGAAGGACGUGGGUGUGCCCUUCAUAAACAUCCAGACGCCGGACCUCGAGGGCUCCAACUGGAAGCAGCUGCUGGAGAAUGACAGGCUCCCCAGAGGGGACCAGAUCCUCGACAUCCUGGGUUUGGGUUCGUCCGGGCCACCCAUCCCGCCUCCCACUUUAUUCUCAAUUGUCUCCUACCCCAUGAAGAGGCUGCCUUUGGCCACGACGGAAAUCCUAAAGCAUUUUGUAUUCAUAAUUCCACCAUCCGAUGAUCUCUCCUCCCUGGAGGAGAAGAGAGACCCGGAUACAGAAACGGAGCUUUCAAACCUCGGGGGCUCUACGAAGACUCAGGAGGAGCAGACUUCCUCGGCGAAAGGAUUCAAACAGAAAGUGAAGGAAAAAAUUGAUACAAACCGUGAGCUGAAGGACAAGCGCCGCCCUCCCAACAGGAAGGGCCUUUCUGGGGGAACUUCCGGAAGCAUCGCCCCCCUGUCGGACAUAGAGCAGAGCAUCUCAGGGCAGUACUCCCAGGAGAAGUUCAUCAGGUUGAGUCAUUUCCGGUGGGUCAUACCAGCCAACAGCGAGGUGACUUUGCGCAUACACUUCAGUUCUAAUGAUUUAGGGAAUUUCGACCAAACAUUCAACUUCGAGAUCCUUGGAACUCACCGCCAGUACCAGCUUUAUUGCCGAGGUGUCUGCAGUUACCCGUACAUUUGCCAAGACCCAAAAGUGGUGUUUCCCCAGCGGCAGCAGGACAUGAAGAAAAACGAGAUCGUCUUUAAGAAGUAUGUUAAAAGCAUGGACAAAUUUUACUUUGGGCCACUGCUUUGUGGGAAAUCCAGAGAUAAGUACAAGUCAUCCCUGUUCCCAGACAACAUGGAAACACUAACGAUCCUGAACAACUCCCCGCUGCUCGUGGAGGCAUUCUUCUGUUUCCAGAAUGAUGUCAAAGCAAACACUUACUUCCUGGAGCCCAUCAACAUGACCCUGAGACCCAACGAGAAGCAGAUACUGAACGUGUGGGCCUACCCCACAGCAGUGGGGGUCUUCGAAGACAGCAUUGUCUGCUGCAUCAAGGAGAACCCAGAGCCAACUCUUUUCAAGCUAAGCUGCCAGGGGAUCCGCCCAGAACUGGAGCUGGACCCCCGGCAGUUACACUUUGACCGGCUCCUGCUGCACAGGUUUGGGGUCUUGGAUGCCGACAACCUCGUUGGUGUCGUUCAGAUCGAAAACAUCCUGGUGUUUGCGGAGUCCUACGACAUCGCCCUGGACAUCACCUUCCCCAAAGGAGCUGAAGGAGGCCUCGAUUUUGGGAUCGUCAAGGUCAUGGAGGAGGUGAAGCAACCCCUGCAGCUGAAGAACCGUGGGAAAUAUGAGAUUGUGUUCAGCUUUUCUGUGGACUGUAUAGGGCUUACAAGCACCAACAUAAGUUCCAUGAUCACAGUGCAACCCAAGAAGGGCUCACUGGUAUCAGCAGAAAAGCCCUCAAAUAUCCAGGUGUUCUUCCGUGCAAAAAAAGAAGUGAAGAUAGAGCACCAGCCAGUUCUGCGCUGUCAGAUUAUUGAGCCCAGUAUGUCAGAAACAGGUGAAAUUAUCGCCAGCAUCCCAAUUAAGUUUUCUGUGAAUGCUGUGUACUCCAAAUACAACAUCAGCCCCUCCUCCAUCAUCAACUUUGGGGCUUUGAUCUGCGGCACUCGUAAAAGUGCCACCUUCACCAUAGAAAAUCAAGGUGCUACGGACUUCAAAUUCGCCCUUUAUAGGCUGACAGGGGAGAUCCCCAUUCAUCAGAAGAAAACAACUGCCCAUCUUAAGCAUGCAAGGUCUCGAGAAAGCGAUAGCUUCAACAAGAGUGUCACGCCCAAAGCAGCCAAAUUCUCUGAUGCUGUUCCGAAAGAUGUAAACAUGCCAAACCAGGCUCGCUUCACCCACGGCAUGUUCACUGUGUACCCUGGGUUUGGCUCCAUCUCCCCUGGAGGAGUCCAGGUCAUCUCCGUGGACUGCUUGGCUGACCCGUUGGGAAAAUGCGAGGAGUUUAUAGCGAUCGACAUCUCUGACCGAGACCCCAGGGACCAGCCUGCUGGCAUUCCUUACACUCUGUUGGCUGAAGCCUGUCUGCCAGCCUUUGUGACAGACAACAACGCCUUGAUCUUUGAGGAGCAUCAGAUGUGUCACAGCUCCAACCUGCACAACAUCCUGCAGACCACGGAGCUCGUGGGGCUGUUUGUGGAAGAUGAGAACAAAUUUAUCUUCUGCAACGUCCUGGUGGGCCACCAGGCCAAGGCUCGCUUCAAGAUCUGUAACCAGGGGAAGAUCGCCUGUGAUGUGAGCAUCAUGGUGAAGCCUGUCUCCAGCAAGGUGUACGCCCGGAUCACCGACAUCUUUGAGGUGGAGCCCAGCAAGAUGUGUGUCCCCAGCCGCUCACACGCCUUCGCCACGGUGUCGUUCAUGCCGCAGACCAUGCAGAACUACCAGUGUAUCUUCGAGGCCUCGCUGGACGGCUUGCCCAGCAACCUGGCCAAGAACCGAAACCUGGUGUUCGAUAUCGUGGGCGAAGGGAACCUCCCUCGAGUGACCAUUGUGCGGCCGAUUCUCCGUGACCAGCAGGGAAACCCUAUGUUCCUCUUUAAGAAGCUCCUACUGGGUCUCUCAGAUAAACUGCCCCUCGUACUCAAGAACAGCGGCAACAUCCCCACCCAGCUUUAUGUUGACUUGCAGGACCAGCUAGGAGUCUUCUCACUGAAAGGGAAACCUACUACCUCCUACAUCUACAUCAUAGAGGAAAGCACCCCAGAGGCAAAAGCCAAGAAAGCUCACACAGCCUCCCUGGUAGUUUCCCCUGGAGCCACGGCUGAAUUUGAUGUCCUUUUCCACCCCCAGAAGGUUGGGAGAGUGACAGGCAGCAUCCACUUGUCAGUGAUCAACAACCAGUAUGAGGAGACGUUCAUCCACAUGGUGGGAGAGGGCUACGAGGAUGAUAUCACCUUGGACAACAUCCACGGGCUGGUGACACCCACCAGCCAGGAGAUGCUAGAAGUCACUGAGACCUCAGAGGAAGGCAACAUGGAAGACCUGGUGGCAGCGUCCAUGGUGGACCACAUCAACUUUGGAGACUGUCACGUUGGAAACAGCUACAACGUGAGCUUCACACUCACCAAUCACAGCCAAGCGAACGUGAUUCGGUUUGAAUGGCCCCUUUUAGCGACAGUUCUUUUCUCCCCACAGGUGGGCCACCUCCACCCCGGCUGUUCCAAGGACACGGUUGUGACUGUGAAGUCAGACAUACCCAUCAGCCUGAAGAAGAUGUGGGUCAAGUGCAGACUCUCCAAGAUCGUGUUGCAGGUCCCCACAGACCAGGCGGCUGACUGGGAUGACCGCAGGCGCACUGUCAAGUGGGUGGACAUGCCCAGAAACACCCCGGGGACCCUCACUAUGAAACGAAAAGUGAUUGAGACGGAUCCCGAGCCAGCCCAUUCAGUGCUGGAAGAAAACUACCAAGACCUGCGGCUUCAGAUCAGUGCCAAUGUGAAUUUUGCUUCGUACCAGUGCCAAACAAGAGAUGUGCACUUUAAAGAAACGCUGGUCUACCAGACCCGAACGUUUGAGCUUGAUUUGGUUAAUUCAGGAAGUGUGCAGCUGGAAUUCAACUGUAUCUCAGAAGAUACCGCCAAGGCUGUCAGCUUCGCAAUGCCAGAGUCCCAAGGCUCCAGUCAAAAACUUCAGCUUAGCCAGGGCACGCUGCACACGGGCAGCAGCCUGGACAGCACCACAGAGCACUGGGCUGAGAUUCCCAUGCCGCCCUUCACCGUGGAGCCCUCCUCAGGCGUUGUGCCCGUGGGCAAGACUCAGAAGCUUAAAGUGAAAUUCUCCCCAUUGGAGGUUGGAGACUUCGAGUGCAAUCUGUUUUGCCAGAUUCCCAACCUGCCACCUGGAGAGCAAGGCCCAAUCCUGUCAGCCAAAGGGCGGAGCAUCUUGCCCUUCUGCCAUUUCGACCUGACAGAUGCAGACUACAACAGUGCUUAUUGUGGCAGCUCAGACCUCCGGUGGCCUGGGACGGGGCCCCUUGACCCAAGCACCCGCGUGAUUGAGUUCACCAGCGUAGGUGUCGGGGGGAAGAAUCUUCGGACUUUCACAAUCCUGAACCCAACCAGCAGCACCUACUCCUUCUGCUGGACCUCUGAAGAGACUGAAACUCUUCAGCACCCUCCAGCCUUCACGUGCCUGACAGAGAAGGGCCUCAUCUACCCUGAAAAGAAAGCCGAGAUUACCUUCCAGUUCAUGCCUUCCCACCUGGACAUCACGGAAGCAUUCUGGACAUUCUCCGUCCCCGAACACAACAUCACAGUCCCUUUCCUGCUGGUAGGCAAAGCCACUGACCCUCUCAUCAGCCUGGACAAGUCACACAUCAACUUCAGUUCUCUCCUCAUUGGCAGAGAAGCCAGGGAGACGGUGAAGAUCAUCAACAAGGAGGAGCAGGGCUUCCAUUUUGCCUUCCAGGAAAACUCCCGGUUUUCCGAGGGUUUCAACAACUGCCUCGUCGUGUGCCCCAUGGAAGGCGUGAUCCCACCACAGUCCAGAUUCCCAGUUGACAUCUUCUUCACACCAAAGCACAGUGGAAGUGUGAACUUUAAUUUGAUCUGUGAUGUGAAAAAGAAAGUCAGCCCUUUGACCUUAAAUGUUAAGGCUGAGGGCUACAGUAUGAAUGCAGAAGUCAAGUGCAAGGACAGAACUGGGUCCAUCACUGUCUUAACUCCCAACGAAACCAACAUGGUCAACUUCUAUGAGGUGGUCUUGAAUGAACCUGUCCAGUGUGAAUUCCGUUUUGUCAAUACUGGAAAGUUCAGCUUCAGCUUCCAGUCAGAGCUACAUGGCCCGAGAGCUCUACUGCAGUACUUUGAAUUUUCACCUGCUGAUGGCAGCGUGGAUGUGGGACAGAGUGUCCAGGCCUUGCUGUCUUUCCAACCCUUGAAGAAGUGUGUCCUGAAGGGCUUGGAACUCAGAAUCAAGAUCAGCCAUGGUCCAGUCUUCAUGUGCAGCAUCACAGGCUGUGCUGUGAGCCCGGCCGUCCAUUUCUCCUUUACCAGCUACAACUUUGGGACCUGCUUCAUCUACCAGGCCGGGAUGCCUCCAUACAAACAAACACUGGUCAUCACCAACAAGGAAGAAACACCCAUGAGCAUAGACUGCUUGUACUCCAGUACACCUUACCUCGAGUUGAACUUCCGUGUUGAUGUGAUAAAACCAGGAAAGACUUUGGAGAUUCCAAUCACCUUUUAUCCUCGAGAAAGCAUCAGUUAUCGAGAACUCAUCCCCUUUGAGAUCAAUGGGCUCUCACAGCAAAUAGUUGAAAUCAAAGGAAGAGGCACUGAAAUGAAGCUUUCUGUCAUCGAUCCAGCCAAUAAGAUUGUGAAGUUAGGAGCUCUCCUGCCAGGACAAGUGGUGAAAAAAACAGUUUGCGUUGUAAACAACAGCCAGACCCACCUCACAUUUAGCCAGUCAGUCCUGUUCUCGACUCCAGAACUCCAGGACCCCAAGGUCUUCGCCUUGGUGCCUUUCCACAACAUCACGCUGAAGCCCAAGCAAGUCCAGAAGCUGGAAGUCAUCUUUGCCCCGAAGAGGCGUGUCCCCCCCUUCCACGAGGAGGUGUUCAUGGAGUGCAUGGGGCUCCUGCGCCCCCUGUACCUUCUCAGUGGCUGCUGCCAGGCCCUGGAGAUCUCCCUGGACCAGGAGCACAUUCCCUUUGGGCCAGUCGUGUACCAGACACAAGCCACACGUCGCAUCCUCAUGUUGAACACAGGCGACCUGGGUGCAAGGUUUAAAUGGGACGUCAGAAAUUUUCAGCCUCAUUUCUCCAUCAGCCCAGAAGAAGGCUAUAUUACCUCAGGCAUGGAGGUUUCUUUCGAAGUGACCUACCGUCCCACCAAGAUGGGCAAGGAGAGUUUUUACAAAAACUUGCUCUGUUUCAUCCAGGGAGGCAAUCCUCUAAGCUUAACCCUGUCUGGAAUUUGUGUGGGACCCCCUGCAGUGAAAGAGGUGGUAAAUUUCAGCUGUCAGGUGCGCUCCAAGCACACACAGACCAUCCUGCUUUCAAACCGUACCAACCAGACCUGGAAUCUGCACCCCAUUUUUGAGGGGGAGCAUUGGGAGGGGCCAGAGUUCAUCACCCUGGAGCCCCAUCAGCAGAACAAGCCCUAUGAGAUAACCUAUAAGCCCCGCACCAUGAACAUGGAGAACCGCAAGCACCAGNNNACCCUCUUCUUCCCACUCCCAGAUGGCACAGGCUGGCUGUAUAUGCUGCAUGGCACUGCUGAAUCUCCCAAAGCCGUGAGCAAUAUCUACCGCGAAGUGCCAUGUAAGACACCAUACACGGAGCUCCUGCCAAUCACCAACUGGCUGAACAAGCCCCAGCGGUUCCGGGUCAUUGUGGAAAUGGUGAAACCAGAGAAGCCAGAUCUCAGUGUGACCAUAAAGGGCCUUGACUACAUAGAUGUGCUUUCUGGCUCCAAGAAAGACUACAAGCUGAACUUCUUCUCGUAUAAGGAGGGAAUAUACACCGCAAAGGUGAUCUUCAGAAAUGAGGUAACCAACGAGUUCUUACACUACAUGGUGAGUUUCAGGGUCAUCCCUUCAGGCAUCAUGAAAAGCAUCGACAUGGUGAGCCUGGUCCGGCAGAGCACAUCCGCCUCCGUCAAGGUGGAGAACCCCCUGCCCUACUCGGUGACCUUCUCGGUGGAAUGCAGGAUACCCGACAUCAGCCUGCCCUCCCUGUUUGCAGUGCCUGGCAACUCCGAGGGCACAUUCUCCUUUGAGUUCCAGCCCCUGAAAGUUGGAGAAACGUUUGGGAGACUAACUCUGCACAACACUGACUUGGGUUACUACCAGUACGAGCUCAAUCUGAAGGCCCUACCUCCGCUGCCUGAAAAGCCCAUCUAUUUCCAGGCCGCUCUCGGCAGCAGCCAGAGCCUGUUCGCCAAGUUCAUCAACUAUACCCGGCAGAAGACAGAUUACUACUGCAGGACUGACUGUCCGGACUUCCACACCGAGAAGGUCAUUACCGCAGCCCCUGGGGUCCAGGGGGGCACCGAGGUCAGUGUGGAGGUCUACUUCGAGCCCAGCCGCCUGGGUGAGACCAAGGGCCUGCUGAUCCUGUCGUCAUACAUAGGUGGGGAGUAUAUCAUCCCCCUCUUUGGGAUGGCCCUGCCCCCCAAGCCCCAAGGGCCCUUCCUGAUUCGAGCCGGUUACAGCAUCAUCAUCCCUUUCAAGAAUGUUUUCUAUCAGACAGUCAACUUCUCCAUCUUUGUGGAGAGCCCAGCCUUCACCAUCCGUGCCACCGAUUCCGUGCGGGCCAAGAAGAUCAACAACAUCACCGUGUACUUUGAGGGAAACCCCUCAGGCAGCAAAGUACCCAUCACCACCAAGCUGAUCGUGGCUUGUCCCCCCAUGGAGAACAGUGAAACUGGGGUCCAGUGGGUCUAUUAUCUGAAGGGCAUCACCCCUUAGUGGGCCGGCAGUCAGUGGCCUCAACAAAGAGCCAUCCCCUCAGCCUGGACAGCUGUGUGUUUAUCUAGCCUGGUCACAUAUGAGGAAUGACUCAGAAUUCUAAACUUCCAUUUUAUUCCAAAUACAUACAAGACAUGUAUUCUGCUUUGAACCUGGUAAUUACACAAGCCUCUGAAUGUAGUUGCAGAACACGUCCCCAAAGCUUGGAUUCUAGGUAAUCCCAGUUUCCCUAGAUGCAGGUGUGACCCCACACACACACACACCUUUGGCCUCUGUCACCCAGAGCGCGACCUGUGGCCCCACAGCUGCGGCUCAUUUUGUUUUUUGAUCCAUCCUGGCUAAAAGGGCUCUGAGACUUGACUCUAUUUUCAUGUGCUGUUGUCUUCUACUAUCACAUAAAAG